AUGCUCAGUCUGAAAGGAUUAAUAAUGUGUGUUUUUUGCAACAGGAAUAAGAAAAUCGUUGAUUAUUCUCAAUUUGGGGAUUUGGAAGAUGAUGAUGAAGACUUUGCAUGUAUAGCUGCACCUUCAAACAAAAAAUCCAGAACACAGCUCAAGGAUCCAAAGAAGGAGAAAAAAGACAAGCAAAAAAAGCAACACAAUGAAUUGACUCCAUCACAAAAGCAGACACCUACUAAAAGGUUAUCAUUGGAUGACAAACUUUAUCAAAGAGAUUUGGAAGUUGCCUUAGCCUUAUCCGUCAAAGAAAAGUCUGCAAAUAUCCUUGAGGAGCAAAAUUCAGAAGAACAAGAUAAGGCGACCGAAUCAGAACAUGUCCAUAGGAGACCCCUUUUUUCCAACUGCAGUGUAGACAGUAAUCUUCUAGGUCUCAAUCGAGUUAUAGAUGAUGAAGUACCCAGGGGUGCCUGUAGGCAAAGGAGAGCAGCAUCUGGAGCUGCAGCACAUCAGAAGUUACUGACUGUUGACAGUGAUGAUGAAGAGCAUGCUACUGACUCUGAGCCAGAGACUGUACCAAGUGAGGAGUCAGAAGAAGACUCAGAUUAUAGUGAAGAUGAUGAUGAUGAUGAAGACUUUGCUAUGAAAAAGAAGAAAGCCAAAGGAAAUGAAAAGAAAACCAGACAAAAGAUGCCAGCUGAGAGAGAGAAGAAAACUCCCAAAUCCAAGAUUAAUACUACAGCAUCACCUGUAGUUUCUCCUUCAUGGAUAACAGAACAAAAAUCUGAGCCAGCACAAAGUAAGAUGUCCAGUUCUGCAGAACCAGUUGGGAGGCCUCUGCACACAUCAAGUCCUGUAACAGACAAGAAGCCUAAAUGGAUACCACCAGCUGCAUCAGGAAGCAGUAAUAACUCUGUGAAAUACAUUUCGGUUAAGUCACCUGCUCCGUGUCUUAGACUUGGACUCUCCAGACUAGCAAGAGUCAAACCACUGCAUCCCAGUGCUACCAGCAGUUAA